UUUCUGGUGAAUCUCUGCACCACCGACACAGCGGCGCCCGCUCGAGUAGUCUAGCUGGAGUGAUUAUCGCUGCGCAGGGCGCGCCCUCCAGCGGGCUCGCCGAGGACGACAAUGUCGCUGCGCCUGGCAAUCCAGUUCGAAGCCAUCAGCUCCAAGCCGACGACACCAGGCAGCCCCGACUUAAAGUUCGAGCGGCUCCACAGCAUCGGUGGAACAGCAGCGCGGAAAAUGAUUGAGGCAGAGAGGGGGGGAUGGAAGAGGCAUGCCGCGAGGAAGAGAGAGAGAGAGAGAGAGAGAGAAAGAGAUCAUCACCGAGGCGCGGGGGAGAGGCGAGGGUGCGGUCGGCACAUGUGCUGGCCGACGGGUCACAAGCCAUUCGGCCGCAAGGCCGGCAAAAAGCCAAGAUGAGCCAUCACAGCACUAACUCAGAAGCUCUUCUCGGGAAGCCUUCCACCACUAAAGGAGACUUCGCCCUGCUACCAGGAAGCGGGCAACGCGCGCGGCAGGACUCGGGUGCGGAAGCUGUGGCCACGAGGGCGCCGCACUACGAGGAUGAGGCAGGAUACGAGACGAUGGAGGAGAAAUCCGAACAGGAACGAAAUUAG